GAGAACAGCUGGGACCUGUGCCAUACCCAAUGUGUUCCCAGGGAACGGUGGAUAAAAGCGGCUGGAAAAGUUCAGCUGCACUUUAAGGGCACGGUGCUACUUCUGGCACUUACUGGGAAAGAAAAUAAAAAAUGAAUUGAAUGCCACGAGGAAGCUUGGAGACCGAAGUGAAAGGCUGGUCAGAACGUGGGACUGGAAAAGCACACCCCCCCCAUGUUGUGCUUGGUAGGCUCCUCUCGACAUUAUGCACUGACGUGAAAGGAUAUGGCUUUCCUGCUGACUUCAGCAAGAGGUGGUGCCAGGCUUAUUCCCUGUGGAAGCCAUCUCAAGACCAGCUAUUGCACUAUGAAUCCCUUCUGCCUUGGAGGAUAACCUGCCCUGGUCUUAGCAUCCGUCAUCCUGCAGCCACCAGGAGAGGGAGUUUUGGGAUGAAACCUUCUGUAAUAUCUGACAAGACCACACGCUGCUGCAAGGACUGCUGCUCUCAACCAGACAGGGGACUCAGAGUGUGGAGGAAAGUCUGCAGCUCCGGCCCAGGGAUAAUAUGCCUUGUAAAAGAUGUGAAGAGCAGUGGAAGGAGAGGAAUAGUGCAGGGACUCAGAGGACUGAGGCACCUCCUGUUACCGUGAAGAGGAUUCUGUAGAUCUAAUCCAGACAGUGCUGGGUAGGGCAUGCAUCCUCUGCAGAGUCCUCUUACGAAUGAGGGUGCAGCUUCAUGUUAUGGAUCCUUCAACAGGGAUCCUAACCCUGUCUGCCACUUGCUCCCGCCCUGUGCAGGGGGCUGCUGCCUCUGCUCCCAUGCCUGGUGUGUCCAGGAGAUGUUAAAGUGAGCUGUCUAAGAAAAAAAUAGAUAAAAUUCAGCAAGAAGUGCAUAGAAAAAUAGAUGAGUAAUAGGAAAAUGGUGUUUCUUCAGGACCAAGUCAUUUUAUAGCUCUGUCUUAGCUAAGCUGGUGCAAAUGAAAGGAAUAAUCAACUCUUCUUGGGGACAGGAGAUGGCAGGGAUGAGGGUGGAUUGUGAGGGCAGGGGAGAAAACUCAACCAGUGCUGCUACCAAAGGAUUAGAAACAUUAUUACCCACCCUUAAUUAAUAGGAAUGGGAUUCAUCUAACUUGCCUAAAAACCAGGUGUGCAUACGGGCACCGGGCACAUCUGUAGAGUGAGUAUCCUAUGCCAUGUGGUAAAUCAGCUCCUGGCUGCUGAGUUGCUUUUUCUAUCCUUUGUGAGGGAGUCCAGAUGUCCAGCUGACCCAAAUGCCUAACUCUUAGCUAAAGUGAGCUCAGAUGAAUGCUACUCUUACUCUUCAAUUAGAUUAUUGUCUGAGUUUACAAAUAUAUCCAUUAACUAGUUUGAUUUGAACAGAUUCUGUAAGCACCUAAAAUUGGACCUAUGUUAAUGAUGGAAAAAACUAGUCUCUGUAGAUUACAUUGCUAAAGAAAUAUGAUCGUCCUCCAUUUUGUGUCAUUCUUUGCCAAAUGUAGUUUCUUGCCAACAGUGAAAAGUCAUGUUCUGCUGGAGGAAAUUCCUUGAAGACUUGCCAUCUCUCAACAUCACUUCUCUCUUCUAUUGUUUCUAGAAGGAAUAAAACUCCAAAGUGCUUUAAGCAAAAAUGACCACUGCUUCUCUUUGUCAUCUGAACAUAGCUUAAACUCUUCUCUAAGGACAGCUUGCUUUCAUUCUCCAGAAAGGGAUGAAACAAACCCAUGAAAUUAAAAUGCUGGGACACCUUAUCCAAAGAGUCAUUUUAUCUAAUCUGGUACCAAAAUUACUGCAGUGGUUUUAUCAUUGUUUUAUGUUUACUGGAUGUAAUAACCAUAGGCAAUGAAUGUGCUAUCUACUAUAUGGUAUACAGCAAACACAAUUAGAGUUAAGGUUAUCUAGGUACAGAUUUGAAUAUCAUUUGAAACUAUUUCUUAGGUUUAGCAUACUUGGUUUGGAGAUAAUUGAACUACCAUGUAAAAGACAAUGUAAGAGAUAAAUAUGUACUUAGUCACAAGGCUAUCUUGCUACAGCUUUUGUUUGGUGAUCAUUACAGCACUGUAAUGCUGUAAGUCAGCAUUAUGGUAUGCAAUAAGUUGCUAUUACCUGGCCAUUGAUCAGAUGAACUGUUGUCUGCUUCUCCAAGCCACCUGAAGCUGGCUGUGCUUUCCCCAUGAAAUCAGUGCAUACGUGCCUGACUGACCAGAAGAGCUGUGUUUGAUUUAUUAUUAUUACAAUAAAGUUGUUCGUUCCUAACUAA